UCGUCCACGCGUAGUUUAUCCGUCUGCUACUGCUGUUAAUGUCAAAAUUUCAGUUACAAUAAAUAUCUGAACCUUGCCAAAAGUCCGUCUGAAAAAUGGCGAAACAAAACAGUGUCGUAGUGUUAAUGUUUGCGAUGAUGAGUCUUGGUGUUAUUGGACGUGUGGCUGCCGGGGGAGGUAUGGAGUUUGAGCCCGAUGAAAAUGCCGAGGUUUAUGAUUCUGGUUUUGCAUCAUCCGGUAAAUUGUCCUACACUACACCGGAUCUUGACGAUGAAGACCAGCACUCUAUGCAUAUGCCUGACCAGCUACUGUGUGAUGCUUGCAUAGUACUGGCUCAUAUGUUUCAAGAAAAGUUUGACAAGAUGAAUGCAAAGAGACCAUCGCUGAAGAAAAAUCUCCCAGAGUCGGACAUUCUUGAUGGGUUUGAGGAUGUUUGCACCAAUGAUUUUAAUUCAAUUGGAAUAAAAGAAAUCAAAGGAGUGAAGAGAUUAUCUGGACCUGGACUUGACACCAAAGAUGUACCUGGAAUAAUGCAAGGAGGUGGCAAGUGGCCUGGAAGGAUGCAACAAGUAUGCAACCAGUAUAUUGGAGAUUUUGAGGAGGAGACCAUCUAUGACACUUAUAAGAAAAAUACGAUGAAAGAGUUUUUGUGCUUCAAGGAGGGACGCCACUGUGCGAAGAAAGAUAAGAAGAAGCAGAAGAAAACUACCAAGAAAGCUGCUAAAAAAGUGGAAUUAUAGUACAUUUUUUUUAUUUUACUUUUGUUGUAAGGUAUUUCAAACUAAACGGUAUUAAUACAGGAUUGGUAAGGGUGGAAACAUCAUUGUUUAGUUUUAGUCAUCAGGUUAUGAAGUUCUUAUUGGAACCAAUUUUUCUCUGUGUAAUAUUUUGCUCUGAAAUGAGGUCAACUUUCAAGAAAAAUGUGACUGAAACCCUUAAAAAUGCAACAGCUGAUUUGGGUUGUGAAAAUCCAAAUUGAAGGACAUUGUGUUUACAUGCUGAAAUUUGUGUAUUGUUUUCCACUAUUUGCUGCUGACUCGAUCAACGAUGAAGCCCAAUUUUUCAGAAGUUUGUUAUUUAUGUAUGAAAUGCAGCUGAUAGUCAACUGUCCAGAUGAAGGGUUGGGAAGUUCCAUUGUGUCUAUGUUUCUUUUCCCGUCUUGGAUCUCCGCAGUCAGCUUGUACAAUAGGGAGAUGAUAUUGGAAUACCCACUGAUAUGGUUGAUCACACAAAACAAUAACACUGUCUGCGACUAUUUUGUCAGCUCUUACCAAUCCUGUAUAAUACCUUCAGACAUGGUAGAUGGAUAUGUGUACUUAUUGUGAAACUGUGUGUCUACUUGUUGACACAAAGGUCUUUCAUAAAGGGUGUAGGUUGACAAUUAAAUUGUAAAAAUCAUAAGAAAAAAAUACUUAAAAUAAAUUUAUUUUAAAACAAGAUCAAAUAAUACUGUUGGGACUCACCAACAUAAAAUUAUGUGUGAUAUUGUUUUGUCCGGACAACUUGUUUACUGUGGCAACUCUUUUACAGAUUCAAAUGCAGAUGAAAUGAAUUCACUAAAAGUGUAGUAUGUUUUUGCAUUUUCUUUUUAAGUUGUCCAAAAUUAAAUCAAAGUUCAAGUGUUGUUCAUAUUACUGGGAAGUUACCACUGCAGAAGCUGCAUAAUUCACUGCCUUGAAGGAUUAUAUGCGUCUCCUUGUAAAUAUUAAAGGUACAUUGUAUAGGGUCAUAGAUUGGUUUUUGUACUGUUAUGUAGAUUCACAUGUAGGCCUAUAGACACAAUAUUAAGACAGGUACAUGAACAGCCACAUGUGAACUGUGGCUGAGAAACGAUGAAAAACUGUCACAGAAUAUUCACAAGAACAUUGAAUCCAACCAUGUUGUAUAGCAAGGUGAUUUGUGUACCAACCACAUCUCUUAUAGCAUUUGCGAAUGGACACCAACGUGCAUAAAUCUGAGAAAUGAUUUAUGAACUCUUUCUCAGGGUGAAAAAUUUUCCAAACCUUUUUACUUUGAAGGGAAUCCUUUAAAAACAGGUACACUGCCUCUCACCAUGAAAGUUUUCAUGGGCAUUUAUUGUCGCACAGGGUAAACUCUUACCAUCUCCUUUUGUGUGUUUUGACCGUACCUUUAAAUUCACAUCAAUAUUUAAUUCUUAUUUGUAGGAUUGCCAAAGAGCUUUAUAUCUGGUCAACCAAACAUUUCGAAGACCAAAUCUUCAAAAUCUUGGAGGCUACUUUACUCUGUUGUGGUACUACUACUUUCAUUGCCUUAAAGGGAAGGUUCAUGUUUGGUAAUUGUCAAAGACCAGUCUUCUCACUUCUCUUAAAUAAAAAAACAAGC